CAAAAGUUAUUCAAAAAACAACCGAGUGCCUUGACUUCUGGAACGGAUAAUAGCUGCUUUAUUUUAGCUACAAGUCAAAAAAGAUUUGAAUGGUCUCGUUCAUAUCAUAAACAUUCCUAUUCUGAUUUAACGGGUAUUAUUCGUGAACUAUCAGAUUUUGAUAAUGCUGAACAUAUUCACGUUUUUCAGCCGUUUAAAAAUGAUAAUAAAAAGGUAUUCUACGAAGAAUUUCGUCCAGCUAAUUCUGAUACAUCGUCAAAAGCGACGAAAACAUUGUCAUCAAAUAAAAGUCAACAGAGACAAAAACGUGAUAUUCAGAUGCAUACAUCGACACCAUUUACAACCACAGUCAUAUCACUGACAACGAUACCAGUAACGAACGUUUCUUCUCUAUAUACGUCACAAGUCGUUCAAUAUUCAAAUAUAUCUCAAACAACAUCACCAUAUGAUGUAUUAUCGUUUACAAUUAGUAAUGAAGCUGCUGAAAGAUGGGCAAACUUGAUAGCAAUGCAUGAUGAAGAAUUAAUUCCCGUCGAUUUUAUGGCAAGACAAAUGAUAGUGGAUGAAGGUCCAACAAUCGAUGGUAGUGCAACAAUCGAUGGUAGUGGAGAUGCCGAUAAAGGUUAUAUGUCGCUUGGUCAAUCAUACUAUCAGCGUGACAUGACUGGUACUACUUUUAAUGAUUUAACUCAAGCAAUUGUAGCUCCUUUAUGGUCGAAUAUUUCAUAUAUUCCCAAUUACUCCAACAUUGUUGUUAGUUUUUAUAAUACAUCAAAUUCAAGCAUUGAUUCUAUUAGCGAUGUCGUUAAUCAAACGCUUAUUCAAGCAUGUCCUACACUAGUGUGUAGCUCAUUAAAUGAUAACCUUAUGAAAAUUAUGCGUGUUAAAUGGAGCAACUUGCGCUAUGAGUUGAAUAAUGGUAGUAUAUGGGAUGUACGUAUAUUUAAUUUGGCUUUGUAAAAUACAAUUAUAAUUUAGUUAAUGUUUUAGAAUAUUGAAUUUGAUGCUUUUCUUAUAAAUGCCUAUGAUAUAGCAACAUCCUUAAGUCCUAUCUUAAGGACUUACGUUGCUUUUGAUUAUCGGAAUCUACCAUUCAUCUCAAAUUUCAAACCUUUUAUUGGUAAAAUAAAUCUAUAAUGCGUUUAUCAUUCCUUUGGUCUCAAAAUCGCGAACUAUGAUUUCUAGGCUAUCGAACACAGACUUUUGGACAAUCAAUCCCUUAUCUACGAAUUUUGAAUGAUCCGAUUUAUCCACAAAACACAGAUUUCAGAGGUAUUUUCUCAUAUACUUGAAUCUAGUGGCUUACUACUCUAUGUAAUGGAAACUAAUUUGUUUGAGUAAAUGUACUUGUGAUCACCAAGAAAAGAUACUUUUGAUCAUCAAAUUUUCCAGCAUAAUCUGACAUUUUUAUUUCUCAACAAAGUAUAAUAAUGUACUCCCCUUUCCCCACAGUGUGCAUUUUUUGCAUAGCAGGCGGUCAUGUAACUUUCGUGCUCAUACACGGGUUUCUUUUGCUCAAAAGUGGCACUUCAAAAACCACCUUUAAGAAAAAAAAACAUUUUUUGAAGAAAAAUGUUUUUCGACGAAAAACACCUAAACCUCACCUACAUUUUUUCGAGAAAAUGUUUUUGUUAGAAAAUAUAUUGUGUCAUACAGCAUCCGAUGCAGUUUCACACACCGAUUCCGAAUAUGCCAUUAGUUUUCAAUGGAAACGCUUUGGGGUCUGAAAAAGAGGAAUCGAGCGUGAAAACCAAGGUAUUUAGGACGUUUUUGGAAAACUUACCAUUCGGUUUACAAGCGUCGGUGCUA